UCGGAUCCUUUCCGACCCGAAACCGAGUGAUUACCCACAGGCCACAACUCCCCCUCCCUUGCCCCGUUUCCUUGUAGCUGAAACCCUAAUCGGACAGUAAUUUUGUUGAAGUUUAGCACAGUUUUUAGGGGAAAUUGAUACGAAUAGGCAGAAGGAAGAUGACUGUGUCACUGUCGAAACUCGGCAAUGUGUUACCCUUCUCCAGGCUCUUCAGGCAACUGGAGCUGGAUGUGGAAACUGUAGUUAAGGUACUACAACCUGGUCCACUAGGCAUUGUGGAACACAAAUUUUCUGCUGAGGAAAUACAGAAAGCCAGUGACACCGUUAAGCAGGCAGUGAGUAAUUGGCGUAGGCAGGCUAACAUUGAGAAACAUAGCCCCAUCAUGAAGGAUUUUAUCGAUGUAUGAGAGAAUUGUUUCUUCAUUUGCUAUCAGUAAUCUCAUGAAAAGACAAUAAUGUAAAUUUGUAAGCUUAAUAGAAAUAAACUAUAGCUAUGCUUA